GUUAGGGGCAGAAGUGGAAAAAAGUGGCCAUAUUUGCAUGAGGAAACGGGAGAGAGAACUGACACCUGGGCGUCUGCGUGGCGGUGUCACUCAUCGUCUUCUUUUUCUCCCCUAACCCCACAAUCUCUCAGUACCACUCCCACCCCGCCCGCCCUUCUCACAUCAACAAUACAGAGAGGGAGAGACAGAGAUGGGAAAGGGCGCAUAGUACAUAUAAUCAUAUGAUAUAGGUAUGGGUGAUACUGAGCAGAUUAGUUGUAAGAAGCAGCAGCAGGGAUGGCGACGGUGGUCAUCAUCAUCAUCAUCAGGGAACGGUGUGUCGGUUAUGCUGGUUCCGUUGAUGGUCAUUGUACUGCUGCUGCUGGUCAUGUUCUCUGGAGGUCCCAAUAUCUUAACAAUCAGCAGUAGCAGCAGCAGUAGAAGUAGCGAUCAUGGCUCUAAUAACAUAUGGGUGUUUGUUUCUGACUACCCUCGUUCUUGGCUUCCUACUCAUCAUCAUUCUAAUACUUCUACUACUGCUUCUACUGCGAAGGCGGAGGAGGAGGAUCGCUUCCAUCACCUGGAUUUGAACUCUACUGCAGGCUCAUCAAGCCAUCAGUCCCUGCCGCCGGUUGCCGCCGCCGCUACUGCUGAUGAUGACCAUGAAGAUCAUCUCGACCCUAUUAAACAUGAAGAAGAAGAAGAAGAAGAAGAAGACGAAGAAGAAGAAGAAUCUGACGAUGAUGAGGACUACCCAUCAUCAGCAGACUCUGUGGAUCAUGCGUCUUCUUCCUCGCCGCCUGAUGCAGCACCCACUUUCCAUGGCCAUCAUCAUCAUGAUGUUAAUGCUAGCACAAAGGAAGUCACCCUAAACAUUUCAACGGUCGGACCCAUGAAUGAUUCCGACUCUGGUCUAACAACAAGAGGACCUCCAAAGGAAUACAAUGAACUUGAGAGGCUGGAGGCUGGACUUCGAAGAGCUCGAGCUGCCAUUAAACAACCCAGAGGUGGCGCCCAAAAUCAGACACUGGACCAUGACUAUGUGCCGGUUGGUCCAAUGUAUUGGAAUGCCAAUGCCUUCCACAGGAGCUACUUGGAAAUGGAGAAACAGUUAAAAGUGUUCGUGUACGAAGAAGGGGAGCCCCCGGUGUUCCACAAUGGUCCUUGCAAGAGCAUUUACUCCAUGGAGGGGACCUUCAUUCACAAGAUGGAGAUAAACAGCCAGUUCCGGACCCGUGAUCCUCGCAAAGCCCAUGUAUUUUUCCUCCCUUUCAGUGUCACAAUGCUUGUCCAAUUUGUAUAUGUGCGCAACUCUCACGAUUUUAGUCCCAUCAAACAAACCGUCGUCGACUAUGUCAAUGUCAUCGCCGAGAAAUACCCUUUUUGGAAUCGAAGCCUCGGCGCUGAUCACUUCAUGCUAGCUUGCCAUGAUUGGGGGCCAGAAACAUCCCGUUCCGUUCCUUACCUACACCGAAACUCCAUUAGAGCUCUAUGCAAUGCAAAUACUUCAGAAGGAUUCAACCCCGCAAAAGACGUAUCCUUUCCGGAAAUCAAUCUCCAAACUGGUGGAACGAACGGCUUACUCGGUGGGCCUUCCCCCUCGCGCCGCCCCAUUCUAGCUUUCUUUGCAGGUGGCCUGCAUGGACCAAUAAGGUCUAUACUCCUUGAGCAUUGGGAGAACAAAGAUGAGGAUGUAAGGGUGCACCGAUACCUUCCGAAAGGGAUUUCUUACUAUGACAUGAUGAGAAAGAGCAAGUACUGCAUUUGCCCAAGCGGGUACGAAGUAGCCAGCCCGAGAGUCGUUGAGGCAUUAUACACGGGGUGCGUUCCGGUGCUAAUAUCGGACCAUUACGUGCCGCCUUUCAGUGAUGUUUUGAACUGGAAGGCAUUCUCGGUUGAGGUUCUGGUGAGGGAAAUUCCAAACCUGAAGCGAAUUUUAAUGGGCAUAUCUCAAAGACAGUAUAUAAGGUUGCAGAGGAGAGGAGUUCAAGUAAGAAGGCAUUUUGAGGUGAAUUCUGCUCCCAAGAGGUUCGACGUGUUCCAUAUGAUACUUCAUUCUAUCUGGCUUAGACGGUUGAAUGUUCGGGUUCAUGAGAUAAACUGAGGUAAGUGUAGAAUGUAGAUGACUCUUUAGGUGAAGAAUUCAAUUUGAAGUUUGUGUGAAAUUUAGUUUCUUGAUUAUCUAGGCAGCCUGUGAAAGUUCAACUAGUAAAAUAGUCAUUUUGUGGUAUUAGAGACAAUGAGUUAGUCCCCAAACGGUAGAUUUUGGACUUUCAUAUGGAGAUCUUGGGUUUUAAUUUCACGAAUUCCUACGUUUAUGGUACGAAGAAAUAUGUACGGAUUUUAUUAUUAUUAUUAUCAUCAUCGUUGUUGUUGUUUUA